UCGUUUCGACUGUGAAAUUCCCUACCGGGAAUUCAAAUUUUUCGUACAGAGCGCCAAUUUAUUGACAGAUCGAAGUUAUGAAACACCAUGGUUACUUCAUCACGUAGCUGAAAUGCAUUUGAUUUUAAGGCAGGCUGAUAUCACAACAACAGUAAUUCAUUGACUGGCGCCUCUGAAUGUCUUGUAAAAGCGGAGAUGUAAAUAGUGGGCGGUUCACCCAUUCCGCAAUGAAACUGAAUUAGCGCAAUCUAAAUGUUCGUUGCAAAAUUUUUAUUCGUGGUCGAUAUAUGUAAGCGUUAUACCUUCUUUCCUGAUACACAGGUUGCGAGACUACCGACUACAUUAUAUCAAUGAAUAAAUUGUAACUCGUAAACUUAAAUUAUUGUUUUCUAAAAUAUAAUGGAUUUUACUAGAAAACAAGUAUUUGCCCCUGGAAGGACAUUUUCCUCAAUCCGUUCGACUUACAGAACCCAGCCAGAACCAGAACCAGCUGUUGAUGGAGAGAUAGUGAUCUCUCACACGAUGCAACUCAAAAAAGAGUUGUUGUGUGUAAAGUACACACCAGCAUCUGAAUAUAUAGCUGCUGGAUUUAAUGAUGGUCAGAUAGGCAUUUUUAGCUCACACCAAGGGAAGAAAUAUUUCCUCACAGAUGAUGAUAUAAGACAAUCUGGUUCCCCAAUUACAGAUCUUAAACACCGACUUUAUCAAGACACAGGAAAUAGAAGAACAAUCACUGCCACUUAUGUAGAUGGACGUGUUAAAUGUUGGGACUACAACAAGAACGAUUGCAUUUACACAAUUCCAGAGCACAGAAUUACACUUGGCCUAGCAUAUCAUCACAGUAAACCAAAAUUUGUUACUGUUGGUGAUGAUGCAAAAGUAUUUUUAUAUGAUGAAGAAACAAAAAAACAAGAAAUGUUUUUCCAGGCCAGUGAGUCACCUAUCUACAUGGAUGGACAUACUUCACGAAUAUUUGCUGCCCGCUUCCAUCCUCAGCUAAACUACGAGUUUAUAACUGGAGGAUGGGACAGUACAGUUCAGUUCUGGGAUAUGCGACAGCCACAUUCUAUCCGAUACCUUUUUGGAGCACAUGUUUGCGGUGAUGGACUUGAUAUUAGUAUAGAUGGAAAUGAAGUGAGCCAAUACUAAGUUUGAUUUUGAAUACUAGUAAUAUUGAUAGCACAAGAAAAUCAAAACUUGACUGCAGGUGUGCAGAGCAUUGGCAGAAGUAAAAGAACACACAAUGUUUUAAUCUUAGAGGCAUUAACCCAUCACAUCGAGGAAAGAUCAAAAAUUAGAAAUUGUGAAGCAGACAUGCAAACACUGCCACCAGUUUCAUGUGCAGAUGGAGAAAUUAUGAAAUCAAAUUAACACAUCUUAUUUUAAAAAAUCUUCAUAUAUCUUCACUGCACAACAUGGGAGAGAACAAUGUGUUUGUUUAUGAACAGGUUUCUCUGUGUACCAACACUGAAGCAUAGAGGUCAGGAGAAAGUGUUUGGUGAAGAAGCCAGUAAUCAAGAGCACCUAGCCUACAGAAUAAACAAGCUUACCGAAUUCCAUACUGCUAAAUCCAUUGGUGAAGCAAACCAGUCCCUGCACCUUUUUAGAUUUAUUUCUCUCCUCGUUUGAUGAAUGAUUCCCUUGGCUCUGACAGAUAGCACCUACAAAUUCUGUAAUAUACUUCCUAUCAUUGCUCAUCUAAGAGUACUCUCUUUUGUGCUGCUUUUUUAAUAUUUUGUAACCUUUGUACAAACACUUGAUUUACUCAGUGUAAUGGGAA